AUGCCUCUACCUCCACCCCGCCAUCCUUUCUUUCCCACCGUGCCGUCCUCUCUCCCUCCACCCGCCGUCGCCUCUCCUUCCUACCCGCCGUCGCCUCUCCCUCCUCCCCGCCGUCGCCUCUCCCUCCUCCCCGCCGUCGCCUCUCCCUCCUCCCCGCCGUCGCCUCUCCCUCCUCCCCGCCGUCGCCUCUCCCUCCUCCCCGCCGUCGCGUAUCCCUCCUCCCCGCCGUCGCCUCUCCCUCUCGCCGUCGCCUCUCCCUCCUCCCCGCCGUCGCCUCUCCCUCCUCCCCGCCGUCGCGUUUCCCUCCUCCCCGCCGUCGCCUCUCCUUCCUACCCGCCGUCGCCUCUCCCUCCUCCCCGCCGUCGCCUCUCCCUCCUCCGCUCCGUCGCCUCUCCCUCCUCCCCGCCGUCGCCUCUCCCUCCUCCCCGCCGUCGCGUAUCCCUCCUCCCCGCCGUCGCGUAUCCCUCCUCCCCGCCGUCGCGUAUCCCUCCUCCCCGCCGUCGCCUCUCCCUCUCGCCGUCGCCUCUCCCUCCUCCCCGCCGUCGCCUCUCCCUCCUCCCCGCCGUCGCCUCUCCCUCCUCCUCGCCAUCGCCUCUCCUUCCCUCCCCGCCGUCGCCUCUCCUUCCCUCCCCGCCGUCGUCUCUCCUUCCCUCCCCGCCGUCGCCUCCGGCGACAGGUGCACGAGCGCAAGCGAGACUUGGUGUUCGAGUGCGGGUUGGUGCGCGAGCGCGGGCUGGUGCGUGA